CAACACAAAUUAGGUUUGGAGUGCUCAUGUAAUGAUAGAGGAGACAGGGGAUCGAUUCCGGAAGAGAGGAGAGAGAGAUGAGAGAAAUUUCUACUCUGCGCUGCAGAUUUUUGAUUAUUUUAUAGAGAUUGCGAGCGGAUUUCUGUGAAUUUAGUGAGGGAGAAUCAAUGGAAUGGAAUGGAAUGGAAUAGUAUGUCGCGGGUGCUGCCUUUGACCAGGUGAUUUACACUUGUACGAGAGCAUGGAGGUUGGAUCCAAUGGCGAAAAUUCUGAGGAACACAGCUCCCACAACAACCCUUCACCAGUCUUUCCUUCUCAUCUAUGGUGGCGAGGAGGUGAGUCUAAUAUUGGCCAAUUGAAACAACAGGACUGUGCAGAUGGAAAGAGGGACGCUGUCAAAGACAUACGAAAUGGAAAUUCCCCACAGGAACAACAACAAAUGCAGUCUAUCUCCCCUUUGUUGCCUCCAAUGAUGCCAGAAUAUCUCAUGCCUCACACUCAGUUAGAACUUGGCCAAUCAGUUCCAUGUGCAGCAUAUUCAUUCUCUGAUCCAUAUCAUGGUAUGAUUGCAGCCUAUCUGCCUCAGGCUUUGGUGCAUCCUCAAUUAGUCGGAAUUCCACAUGCUCGAAUGCCUUUGCCCUUGGAAAUGGCAGAGGAGCCUGUUUAUGUAAAUGCAAAACAGUAUCAUGGAAUUUUGAGAAGAAGGCAGUCACGUGCCAAGGCUGAACUUGAAAAAAAGAUCGUAAAAUCUAGAAAGCCAUAUCUUCACGAAUCUCGUCACCUGCACGCAAUGAGGAGAGCGAGGGGCUGCGGUGGCCGUUUUCUCAACACGAAGAAAAACGAUGCGGAUUCUUCCAACACUUCAUCAUCUGCUUCUUUUGGUUACGAAGCUCUUCUCUCUAAUACUACAGCAAAUCCAGAUUCUGCAGGCACGAUGAUGCCUGCUCUACAAGGAGUGCUGAAACCUCAUAAACGCAACAGCAACAGUGAUGGCUAUCAGCACAGUUCUGGUUUGCAGUUAUCUCCUUUCCAUGCUAGCCUCGUUGAGAAAAUGGAUGAAGCAGAUUUCUCAGCUCAAAGGAGAGCUGAUCUAUUGCUGAACCAGCCCAAGAAAAGGGCGCUGGCUAUCUAAUGUUUGUAUUAUGGCAUUGCUUAGAGUCACAGUGGUGACUAUAAAACACUAGGGAGAUAGCUCAGAGCUCACUGGUGAAUACUUUGGUUGAAGGCAAUUCAUUCUUGGCUGUGUUUUUUUUUGUUAUCCUCCUCUCUUUUUCCAUCUUUUUACAGUGAGCUGAAGAGCAGAGGAAAUGGUUAUGCAACUGGCGAACUGCCUAACCUCUGCGCCAUCAUCUCCAUGAAGACAAAAAUGUUAAGAGUAGCUGCAUUUGAAUUCCGAUCAAGAAAUUUGAACCCUAAGCCUUUGAUUGUUGUUUCUCAUAGGCUGAAAGUUCUGCAGGUGCUUUUGCAUUAGUGUGAAUUUACUGU